AUGGCGAAAUCCAAAGCAGGUAGCGUGCCAAAUAGGCACAUCUAUUCACGAAUUUCAUAUCUCUACCAAGCAGCAACCUACCUGGAGAGCCACAAUACGAAGCAAAGCCCUGCUCACUCAUCGCCAACAGCCGACGAUGAAACUGGGCAGUUGGGAGGGCAGGAGCUCCCGCCAACCGCCCAAGCCAGCCAAACUCUGUCACGGCGUUUGCUCACGGAUCUCCGCACCACAUCACUGAAGAGUCAGAUACGUCUGUCUCGCGCCAUGAAGCACACUAUCUGCAAGUUCUGCGACAGCCUGCUCGUCGAAGGAGAGACGAGCACGUCCACGGUGGAGAACACGAGCAAGGGUGGUAAGAAGCCCUGGGCAGAUGUGUUGGUCGUCAAGUGCAACUCCUGCGAAAGGGCGAAGCGGUAUCCUGUUGGAGCUCCUCGUCAGAAACGGCGUCCAGUGCGCCCAACACGAGAGCAGGAAUCCGAUGAAAAGGCACCCACAUUGCCAAAGGACGACGUUGACGUCGUCAUGGAGGAGGGCUGA